GGACACGGCCACCGCCUGACUAGGUGCUCGUGUGCUCCUUUUCCAACCAUGUCUGGUGUUGUGACCCCUCGCUCGUAUUUCCCAACAUUCCUAUCUUGCCACUUCGCCAUGGUCAAAACACAGGGGAACACAAUGAUAGACCUCAUCAUACAUUGUAGUCAUUUGAAGAGUUUAACUAAAAGUGGCAUACCGCAUCAACCCCUCGGUCCCUUGCGAGUCGCUCAGGCAGUUGUCGGUCACGACAUCGCGGAUCCCUUGCUAUUUUGGGACAGUCCCCCUUGCGUUUGUCGGCCGUUAGGCGGCUCAUGGGGUGAUGCGGCAAUGCUUGCUAGUCUCACUAUUUGGCUGUCAUGUCAAAAUCUGGUUUUUAGGAUAUGACAUUCUUCUGAACAUACGGAUCCCAUGAAUAUUACAAUCACAGAAUGCAGCGCUGAACCUGGUCUAAGUGUGUAUGCUUCGAGUCCACUAAUUACUCCAUAUAUUCCAUAUGACCAGUUAUCCUACUACCUGUUCUUCAAUCAACCCCUCACAUUGCUCCCAGGAAUAAACAGGAUAGAAGUGAUAAUAAAAGUAAGGGGUCUGUUUCUUACCAUAUUGGACAUUCGAGCUCCUUGUUAUGUAAACUAGACAGGAUCAAGCAGCUUCCGUGGCCGUUUCGUAGAGCCUACCGCGCUGCCAUUGAUUCCAACUACAAUUCAUAUAUCCAGAACAUGAAUACCAGCUAUCAAUAAUGUCUGCUCCAUAAGAUGCUCAAUUGAUACACCUCAAUAGUAUAUCUUAUAGAAAAGAAAUGCUAUACAAG